GGCAAUCACGCUUACCCCUACACCACGGUCCCGGCUUAACUGGAAAUUCAGUACAAUCUAAAUUACUGCAUCGUUUACUGAAAUUUCAGUCGAUGAAAAUUCAGAAAAACUUUAUUGAAUUUCAGCGAAAAAAUUAUGCAUAUUGCCAUAACAAUUAUUUCGAGUAUUUUUUUCGAGAAACAUUGCAAUUCAAAAUACAGGAAAAUUACGUAUUUUUGUAAAUUUUCAUGUAAAUAUCUCUGCGAUGGAUAGGUGAUAUCAUCCCGAUUCCAAACCACUAUAUUUUAUAUAGUUUGGAUUUUAAUAUGAUUGUAGCACUGGACCGUUCUUAGCCGAGGCAGCUGAACGACCGGGGCAUGACUGUAUUUGAUUCUUGAUCCAAUCACAAUAGAAAAAAAUGAUUCCCGAUUAAUUUGAUUAUUUUUUUUCAAGAAAUAUUUCGAAGAACUUUUAGCAGAGGGUAAUAGCUUUUCCCCUUUCAGCAAUUACUAUUUAUUAAUCCCAAUUAUGCAAACUAAAAGCAACCGUAAACAUCCUUAUCAGCGUCCCGUUUGAAGUGCCCCCAUCAAAAAAGAACUGAUAACCAGCCACCACCACGUGAUUCGUGGAAAACCUGAGGGGGGAAAACGAAAAUUAGAUUAGCCCGGAAAAUGCGCCACCUUCUCAGUCCCCAUUCAGUAUCACGAUGAAAAUCAGCCAAUCUAGACCGCGGACGGAACCUGCCACCAGCAGCCGACGGACCAAGGCAAACCAGCGCGAACGGAACCGGAUGCACGGGCUGAACGACGCGCUGGACAGGUUGCGCAGCUGCGUGCCACUUCCGCAGCAGCUGACCGUGACCAGGUGUGACCACACGGCGCCCCAGAAGCUGUCGAAGAUUGAAACUCUCCGGCUGGCGCGGAAUUACAUUUGGGCACUGUCGGAAGCGUUGCGGGAGGAUCGACGGUACGGGUUCGAGGAGUUGGUUGCGAUUUUGGGGAUGCGGUUGAGUCCGAACACGGCCAAUCUGCUGAGGACGAGGAUGACGCUGGACGGGGAGCUGCGGGUUGGACUGGUGGAACCGUGUCAGUGCCGGAGGUGUUCUACGACGAGGAACGAGAUUUUCGGGUUUGACGGGUGUUGCGGUCUGUGCGUAACCGGUGAGGUGGAUUUUUGGGGGAUUGAAUAGAUUCUUUGAUGGAAAAUAUUUAUAUUUCAUAAAAUAAAUCGUAUAUCACUUGCAAUUUCGACUAAUCUCAAUAAAGUUGUGCAAAAUAAAUAGACAAAAUAAA